AUGGCAUCGCAACAUGUCCAUACGUGGCUCAUACAGUCCGGAUCAAAUCCAGCAAUAUUACAAUCGCAUUUGCUUCCCCAAUCCAAACGUCUCACCUCCAUCGCCACCCUCACCGACGACAGCGAUGUACUAAACUUCCUAACCCUCCUUUACAAACAUCAACUCUGCAAAGUGCCAUGGGAAAACCUAACCCAACACUACUCCUGGCACCGCACCGUCAACGUAAAGCCCCAACACCUCUUCACCAAGAUCGUGCACUCCCCCGGCCGCGGCGGCUACUGCAUGGAAGCGAACCAUUUCUUCCACACUGUCCUCAUCAGUCUCGGCUUCGAUGUCCGCAUGGCCGGGGCCCGUAUAUACAAGGGCGAGAGUUUCUACGGAGGCUGGACGCACGUCGUCAACAUCGUAACUAUUGCCGGCACGAAGUACCUCCUGGACGGCGGUUUUGGCCCACAGGCACCGCCACGGCCGUGUCUUGUGGAGGAAGGCCUGGUGCAGACGCAAAUAGCGCCUGCGCAGAUGCGGGUGAUGUAUGAAUGUAUUGAUGAGUUUAGGGACAAGACGCAACGGAUCUGGAUCUACCAACAUCGAAAGGAUGACCAUAGUGAUUGGCAGCCCAUGUAUUGUUUCUCCGAUAUGGAGUUCACGUCCAAUGAUGUGCAAGCGAUGAACUUUGCGCCUUGGCUGAAUCCGCAGAGUUUCUUCUCGCAUCAGGUUGUUGGCGUGCGGUUUACCACCGACAAGGAACCACUGGAGUAUCCGCGCUCGCCAGACGCGCAGGCGUUGGAAGGCGAAAUCGAUGGCGCGUUGACAUUGGAUGGUAAUACGCUGAAAUGGCGGAGGGGAGGGGAGAAAGUGCUCGACCUGACUUUUGAGAAGGAGGAGCAGAGGGUUGAAGCGUUGGGGAAGUACUUUGGCAUUGUGCUUGAGGAAGAGGAUCGGGAGGCUAUCAAAGGCACAGCCGCCGAGGUGGCGGCUAAGGGUGUGAAGGGUUGA